AUGGCUAAAAAACUUCUGCAACAAAGACUAAGAAACCCGUCUCUAGGACUGAACGCAGAAUCUGCCAACAUUGCUCAUGCAUUGACUGUAGCACAAGAGAUGGGUGAUGAGGUUGUCUUGUAUGAUUUGGAGUUGGAACAAUUAUAUGUGAAAUCUUUUUUUCUUCAUGGUAAUCUUGAGGAAGAGAUUAUAUCCAGCAGCCCGGAGGGGUUUGUUGUUCCUGAAAUAGAGAACCAUGUAUGUCGUCUGAAGAAAACUCUUUAUGCUUUGAAGCAGUCACCAAGACAAUGGUAUAAGAGGGUUGAUUCCUUCAUGACUGGACAUGGCUACUCGAAAAAUAAAACUCUGAUCAAGGGUUCUCAUGAUAUUGGUUUGGUAUUUGAUAGACAGAAGUCUGAUCUAGGAAGCGUAGUUGAUUAUGUUGAUGCCGACUAUGGUGGUGAUUUAGAUCGGAGAAGGUCACUUUCGACCUAUAUCCUUACCUUUGCGGCUUUGCUAUGA